UAACUUUUACAAAAUUCAACUUCUUCAUCAGAUCCUUUCUUAAUCACUUGGCGUAACACACACGUGUCAAACUUUCAUGCAUCGCCUCCUUUUUCUCUUUCAAAGAAGUGCAAAGUUCGAUGCACUCGGAUAAGUUGGUUCGGCCUUUUCAUCUCAUCGAUAGAGUUGAAGCAUUUUACGUGUGUGUAUCUUGCGCGAGCUAAGUGGUUUGCUCGUAUAAGACUUUGUGCGCGCUAAGUGCUUUAGUUUAAAUAUUGCAGGCGCGAGGCUUAUCGUUUGAGUUCGUAGCGCGCAAUUUCGAAAGAGCCGCGUAACUGAAGUUUUGCCAUUUUCAAAGUCUAUUUAAUUUUUUUUGAAUAAUCUUGAGACAGACUCUAUUGGAAGACUAAAUUGUGAAAACUCUGUUUAAAUAAUUAUAAAAAAUCAAUUUUAAACAUAAAACGUUCAAAUGUUUACUUGGAUUAUCAAACUCCAUUUUUCGCAUUUCGACAUACGACUAAAAUAAAAAGUAUACAACAAUGAAAUUAUAUACUUCAUGAUUGAAAAUAGUUUUUGAAUUCAGCUGAAAAAUAUCAACAGCUAUACCUUUUUCACUAUAAUCAAAUGCGUGGUGUCAGUGUUCUCGUCGUCUGCUUUGUGUGUAAUUGUUCGCACGAAGUUUACUCUAUUUUGUUUUUUUUAAAUUCAAUGAUUCUUUACGCAACAAUGGAAUAUCGUUAAGUAGUGUAUUUUUGCUUGACAUUUAAAAAUGUUGAGCUUACCAAUUUGCGUUAAAUCUUUGAGAAGAAGAAGAUUUAUAAACCAAACUUAUUGUUGAAAGGUUUCUAAAUUCAAAGUUAAGGAGACAUAAACUCUCAAUAAGUAUUAUCAGAUGCAAAAUGCAUUCAGCAGCAUUAGAAGUUGAAAAAAUUUCAGAUAUUGAGAUUGUUCAAGUCGAAAGCACUAGCCUCACUUGGCUUCAUAAGGUUGCACCUGCCUUUCCUAUUGAUGGCUCAAAGAUAAAAAUAAUAUAUGAGCCAUCAGAAUUCUACUUUACUUUGUUAGAAAAAUGCAAAUUUGCCAAAAAGAGAAUUACACUUGCAUCACUUUAUUUGGGUACUGGAAAAUUGGAGCAAGAACUGGUAAACUCUAUUAAGCAUGCUAUUGAGAAUAACAAUGGAAAUAUUGAAGUAAAUAUUCUUUUGGAUUAUAUGAGAGGUUCACGAGGAAAGUUUAAUUCCAAAGAGAUGUUAAAGUCUCUACUCAAUGAGAAAUACAAAAAAUGCUGUCAAGCUUAUCUCUAUCACACUCCAAGAUUGAGAGGCCUUUUCAAGACAUUCAUACCAGAUCGUUUCAAUGAAUUGAUAGGCUUACAGCACAUGAAAUUAUAUAUAUUCGAUAACACACUCAUCAUCAGUGGAGCUAAUUUGAGUAAUGACUAUUUCAACAAUAGACAAGAUCGCUAUUUUAUGAUUGAGGAUUGCAAAGAGCUUUGUGAUUUCUAUUGUGAUCUCGUACAAAACAUUACAGAUUUCAGCUUUCAACUACUACCCGAUGGAAACACCUCUUUUAGUACAAAAGUCAAAUCACAUCCAUUUAAAAGUCCAAGUAACGAGUUUACGCAGGAAGCAGCUGACAGAAUACUUAAUUUGUUUCAAACGGAAAUGGAUAAGCGAUCGGAAUUAUACAAGACAGAAAUUCCGAAAGCCGAUACGUGGAUCUUUCCGUUAGUUCAGAUGGGACAGUUGAACAUUAGACACGACAGUGAAAUAACUUUGAAACUUUUACAAACAGCUCCUUCAGGUGCAACACUGAGACUCGCCACUGGAUACUUCAAUCUUACUACUGAGUACAAAAAUGCUUUGGUCAACGCUUGCCAAGCAGACUGCCAUGUAUUAACUGCUCAUCCGAAAGCGAAUGGAUUUUUUGGUGCACGAGGAGUAGCAGGUGGAAUACCGGCAGCUUACACGAAAAUAGAAGAAUCUUUUUUCAAAUUAUGCGAACAAAUGCAGCAGAAUAGCAGGAUACGGUUGUGGGAAUAUGUCAAACCUGGAUGGACGUAUCACGCGAAAGGACUUUGGUAUUCAAUGCCAGGACAACAAAGGCCAUCGUUCACUCUUAUCGGCUCGCCUAAUUUCGGAUAUCGUUCAGUUAAAAGAGAUUUAGAAACGCAGAUAGCAAUUGCAACAAAGAACGAAGAACUACGAAAUCGUUUGCAAAAAGAACAGGAGCGAUUAUUCGACUGUGCGAAAUCAGUGACGGAAAGUACAUUCUUACAAAAAGAACGUUUACCGCCUGCGUGGGUUCGAAUGGCCGUGUUCUUUUUCCGCUAUUAUUUUUAGAAUUGUUAGGUAAACAUUCGAGUACUCCGUUGACCGAAGUAGAAAUUUCAAAUUAAAAUAAUUAAGAAUUUUAGAUUAAAUUGUA